GUACUGGGAGAUCGAUGGGCAAACAUUUGUAGGUGGACAGAAGACCGCUGGGUUCUUUUACAAGAUAUUCUUCUAAAAUGGCAACGUUUUACUGAAGAACAGUGCCUUUUUAGUGCAUGGCUUUCAGAAAAAGAAGAUGCAGUUAACAAGAUUCACACAACUGGCUUUAAGGAUCAAAAUGAAAUGUUAUCAAGUCUUCAAAAACUUGCUGUUUUAAAAGCAGAUUUAGAAAAGAAAAAGAAAACCAUGGACAAACUCUCUUCACUCAACCAAGAUCUUCUUGCAACACUGAAAAAUAAGUCAGUAACCCAAAAGAUGGAAGCAUGGCUGGAAAACUUUGCCCAGCGUUGGGAUAAUUUAGUACAAAAACUUGAAAAGAGUUCAUCACAGAUUUCACAGGCUGUCACCACCACUCAGCCAUCACUAACACAGACAACUGUAAUGGAAACGGUAACUAUGGUGACCACGAGGGAGCAAAUCCUUGUAAAGCAUGCCCAAGAGGAACUUCCACCACCACCUCCCCAAAAGAAGAGACAGAUUAUUGUGGAUUCUGAAAUUAGGAAAAGGUUGGAUGUUGAUAUAACUGAACUUCAUAGUUGGAUUACUCGCUCGGAAGCUGUGUUGCUGAGUCCUGAAUUUGCAAUCUAUCGGAAGGAAGGCAGCUUUUCAGACCUUAAAGAAAAAGUCAAUGCCAUAGAGCGAGAAAAAGCCGAGAAGUUCAGAAAACUGCAAGAUGCCAGCAGAUCAGCUCAGGCCCUGGUGGAACAGAUGGUGAAUGAGGGUGUUAAUGCUGACAGCAUCAAACAAGCCUCGGAACAACUGAACAGCCGGUGGAUCGAGUUCUGCCAGUUGCUAAGUGAGAGACUUAACUGGUUGGAGUAUCAGAACAGCAUCAUCACUUUCUAUAAUCAGCUACAACAAUUGGAGCAGAUGACAACUACUGCUGAAAAUUGGUUGAAAACCCAACCCACCAUCACAUCAGAGCCAACAGCAAUUAAAAGCCAGUUAAAAAUGUGUAAGGAUGAAGUCAACCGGCUGUCAGCUCUUCAGCCUCAAAUUGAGCGAUUAAAAAUUCAAAGCAUAGCUCUGAAAGAGAAAAGACAAGGGCCAAUGUUCCUGGAUGCAGACUUUGUGGCCUUUACAAAUCAUUUUAACCAAGUCUUUGCUGAUGUGCAAGCCAGAGAGAAAGAGCUACAGACAAUUUUUGACACUUUGCCACCCAUGCGCUAUCAAGAGACAAUGAGUGCCAUCCGAACAUGGAUCAAGCAGUCAGAAUCCAAACUCUCUAUACCUCAACUUAGUGUCACCGAAUACGAAAUCAUGGAGCAAAGACUUGCAGAGUUGCAGGCUUUACAAAGUUCUCUGCAAGAGCAACAAAGUGGCCUAAACUAUCUCAGUACCACUGUGAAAGAGAUGUCAAAGAAAGCGCCCUCUGAAAUUAGCCAGAAAUAUCAAUCAGAAUUUGACGAUAUUGAGGGACGCUGGAAGAAGCUCUCCUCCCAGCUGGUUGAACAUUGUCAGAAGCUAGAGGAGCAAAUAAAUAAACUCCGAAAAAUUCAGAAUCACAUAAAAACCCUGAAGAAAUGGAUGGCUGAAGUUGACGUUUUCCUGAAGGAGGAAUGGCCUGCCCUUGGGGAUUCAGAAAUUCUAAAAAAGCAGCUGAAACAGUGCAGACUUCUAGUCAAUGAUAUUCAGACAAUUCAGCCCAGUCUAAACAGUGUCAAUGAAGGUGGACAGAAGAUAAAGAAUGAAGCGGAGCCAGGGUUUGCGUCCAGACUUGAGACAGAACUCAGAGAACUUAACACUCAGUGGGAUCACAUGUGCCGACAGGUCUGUGCGAGAAAAGAAGCCUUAAAGGGAGGUUUGGAUAAAACUAUAAGCCUUCAGAAAGAUCUAUCAGAGAUGCAUGAAUGGAUGACGCAAGCUGAAGAAGAAUAUCUAGAGAGAGAUUUCGAAUAUAAAACUCCGGAUGAAUUACAGACAGCAGUUGAAGAGAUGCAGAGAGCUAAAGAAGAGGCCCAGCAAAAAGAAACAAAAGUGAAACUCCUUACUGAGACUGUAAAUAGUGUCAUAGCUCAAGCUCCUCCUGUAGCACAAGAGGCCUUAAAAAAGGAACUUGACACUCUAACCACCAACUACCAGUGGCUCUGCACCAGGCUGAAUGGAAAAUGCAAGACAUUGGAAGAAGUGUGGGCAUGUUGGCAUGAGUUAUUGUCAUACUUGGAGAAGGCAAACAAGUGGCUAAAUGAAGUAGAAUUCAAACUUAAAACCACUGAAAAUGUUCCUGGUGGAGCUGAGGAAAUCUCAGAGGUGCUAGACUCACUUGAAAAUUUGAUGCAACAUUCAGAGGAUAACCCGAAUCAGAUUCGCAUAUUGGCACAGACCCUAACAGAUGGAGGAGUUAUGGAUGAAUUGAUCAAUGAGGAACUUGAGACAUUUAAUUCUCGUUGGAGGGAACUACAUGAAGAGGCCGUAAGGAGGCAAAAGUUGCUUGAACAGAGUAUCCAGUCUGCCCAGGAGAUCGAAAAAUCCUUACACUUAAUUCAGGAGUCCCUCGCAUCCAUUGACAAGCAGUUGUCAGCUUAUAUUGCCGACAAAGUGGACGCGGCUCAAAUGCCUCAGGAAGCCCAGAAAAUCCAGUCGGAUUUAACAAGUCAUGAGAUAAGUUUAGAGGAAAUGAAGAAACAUAACCAAGGGAAGGAUGCUGCCCAAAGGGUCCUAUCUCAAAUUGAUGUUGCACAGAAAAAAUUGCAAGAUGUCUCCAUGAAGUUUCGAUUAUUCCAGAAACCAGCCAAUUUUGAGCAGCGUCUACAGGAAAGUAAGAUGAUUUUAGAUGAAGUAAAGAUGCACUUGCCUGCGUUGGAAACAAAGAGUGUUGAACAGGAAGUAGUACAGUCACAAUUAAAUCAUUGUGUGAACUUGUAUAAAAGUCUGAGUGAAGUGAAAUCUGAAGUGGAAAUGGUGAUAAAAACUGGACGUCAGAUUGUACAGAAGAAACAGACGGAAAACCCCAAAGAGCUUGAUGAAAGAGUAACAGCUUUGAAAUUGCAUUAUAAUGAGCUGGGUGCAAAGGUAACAGAAAGAAAGCAACAGUUGGAGAAAUGCUUGAAGUUGUCCCGUAAGAUGCGAAAGGAAAUGAAUGUCUUGACAGAAUGGCUGGCAGCUACAGAUAUGGAAUUGACCAAAAGAUCAGCAGUUGAAGGAAUGCCUAGUAAUUUGGAUUCUGAAGUUGCCUGGGGAAAGGCUACUCAGAAGGAGAUUGAGAAACAGAAAGUUCACCUGAAAAGUGUCACAGAGCUGGGAGAGGCCCUGAAAAUGGUUUUGGGCAAGAAGGAGACCUUGGUGGAAGACAAGCUCAGUCUUCUGACUAGUAACUGGAUAGCUGUCACUUCCCGAGCAGAAGAGUGGUUAAACCUUUUGCUGGAAUAUCAGAAACACAUGGAAAGCUUUGACCAGAAUGUGGAUCACAUCACAAAGUGGAUCACUCAGGCUGACAUACUUUUGGAUGAAUCUGAGAAAAAGAAACCCCAGCAAAAAGAAGACAUUCUUAAGCGUUUAAAGGCUGAAAUGAAUGAUAUGCGCCCAAAGGUGGACUCCACGCGUGACCAAGCAGCAAACUUGAUGGCAAACCGCGGCAACCACUGCAGGAAAGUAAUAGAGCCCCAAAUCUCAGAGCUCAAUCAUCGAUUUGCAGCCAUUUCUCACAGAAUUAAGACUGGAAAGGCCUCCAUUCCUUUGAAGGAAUUGGAGCAGUUUAACUCCGAUGUACAAAAAUUGCUUGAACCACUGGAGGCUGAAAUUCAGCAGGGGGUGAAUCUGAAAGAGGAAGACUUCAAUAAAGAUAUGAGUGAAGACAAUGAGGGUACUGUAAAAGAAUUGUUGCAAAGAGGAGACAACUUACAACAAAGAAUCACAGAUGAGAGAAAGCGAGAGGAAAUAAAGAUAAAACAGCAGCUGUUACAGACAAAACAUAAUGCUCUCAAGGAUUUGAGGUCUCAAAGAAGAAAAAAGGCUCUAGAAAUUUCUCAUCAGUGGUAUCAGUACAAGAGGCAGGCUGAUGAUCUUCUGAAAUGCUUGGAUGACAUUGAAAAAAAAUUAGCCAGCCUACCUGAACCCAGAGAUGAAAGGAAAAUAAAGGAAAUUGACCGUGAAUUGCAGAAGAAGAAAGAGGAGCUGAAUGCAGUGCGUAGGCAAGCUGAGGGCUUGUCUGAGGAUGGGGCCGCAAUGGCAGUGGAGCCAACUCAGAUCCAGCUCAGCAAGCGCUGGCGGGAAAUUGAGAGCAAAUUUGCUCAGUUUCGAAGACUCAACUUUGCACAAAUUCACACUGUCCGUGAAGAAACAAUGAUGGCAAUGACUGAAGACAUGCCUUUGGAAGUUUCUUAUGUGCCUUCUACUUAUUUGAUUGAGAUCGCUCAUGCCUCGCAAGCCCUAUCAGAAGUGGAACAACUUCUCAAUGCUCCUGACCUCUGUGCUAAAGAUUUUGAAGAUCUCUUUAAACAAGAGGAGUCUCUGAAGAACAUAAAAGAAAGUCUGCAACAAAUCUCAGGUUGGAUUGACAUUAUCCACAACAAGAAGACAGCAGCAUUGCAAAGCGCCACACCUAUAGAAAGGGUGAAGCUACAGGAAGCUCUCUCACAGCUGGAUUUCCAAUGGGAAAAAAUUAACAAAAUGUACAAGGACCGACAAGGGUAG